AUUAGGAAUUUUAUCGUCAUUUAGGCCUUCGAUUAUACUACGAGUUCGGAUCUCCUGCUCUUGUAACGAGAGGAUUGGGAUUGGAGUGUCGGGAUUUGUAAUGCCGGCUGUUCGCAUUGCAAAUUCCCCUCUGUCUUCUCUUUAAAUUAACCCCCUUUCCUUUCUUGGUUGAUGAGAUUUUAGUUUGUGUAGCUUGGUCGUACGGAUCUUUUUCUUUCCUGAACUUUUCGAUCGGUUGUUUCAACUAUACUGCUGGUAGGGAAUGAAAAGAAGACUAUAAGCUUUGAUCUCCAACCUUCAGAUGCCAUUAAUAUGGCUGUUCAAUGCAAGGUUCCAAAACAAGUCGACAGAAAUCUUGUAUGCAGUGACAAUGAGAGUGGUCAAGCCAAGCAAGUUGACAAUGCAGGGUCCUCAAUCAGAUGGAAUGUUGUUCGUGGAACUUGACAUGCCUGAAGGCCAGUCUUGCUUCGAGACCGAAGAGUUCAAUUUGAUCCAAAACAUGCUGACUGCUGCUGUUGAGGAACGAUACUUAGAUGCUGCUCAGUGGAGGGAUCAACUUCAUCAGCUCAGAUCCAGGAGAAAGAACCGGACAUGACAGGUUUUGGUGCAGUCCUAUGCUCCCUGUCGAUUUUUUUUUUGGCAUAUUCUUGAAAUUCUUGUACCUGUCAUAGGUUUUCUUUUUUUUCUUAUGCUGCUGCAGUUCACUGGGAUGUAUAUAAGUUGUCCAAUCAUGCCGGAAACAUGUAAUCAUAUAUAAGUAUAUGUAAGUAGCAGAUAGCCAUUGAUCUUGCAGAUAUAUAUGUAUAUAUAGUUUGCAACUCCAUGUUGGCAUCAUUUGCGUGUAUAUAUAUCAAUGUAAGACAAAGGAUCUCUUAUUCACAAGACAACCAUGGCUUAGCUUAGCAUCCA